CAUUCAACUCAAAAUUCCGCCGAAUCGAAAUCAAAAUGCUCUGAUGUCAAAGUCGUCAAAGUGAUGUUUGAUAUUACCCCGGUUUUAAUUUCGUUGAAUUUCCGCUACAAGUGCGCUUUUAUUCAUUUUUCAUGUGAGUAGAGUUUAUUCAGACACAACCGAUACAACCCAGCAAAAUGGAUGCAUGUGAAGUGUGCGGCCAAAAAGAAUUUACGGUGGAAGAGGGUUUCCACUACUGCACCGAGUGUGGAACGAAGUCGCAACGGCAUGGCCCGGAGCUAGUGGCUGAUUUCGAUGAAAAGUUGGAGACGGGUGUGAACCCUGUCACUACGGCCAUCCGGAUCAAACAGGACAAAAAGAAGGGCAAAAUGCUAACCAGCUGGGAAGUGGUAAAUUACAUUUUGCUUGGCUACACCGAUCGACUGGUGGCAUUAGGUGCCGGUAACGACUUCAAGAUGACGGUGCUGCAACUGUGGACGUAUUAUCUACGUCGGAUGGAAGUGGCAUUCUUUGAUAAGAAGAAACCGGAACGACCCCGAUUGGAUGUUUUCCAUAAGUCGAUAGAUGCGAUGAUUCUGUACAACCGUAAAAUCAAAAAGAAACCAGAGCGCAGAAAAAGUACUGACUCGAGUAGCAAAGUGACCAGUUCGGUGACAACUUCUGGAACGGCGAUGAAUAGAAAGAUACGCUCGGAACAGCGGAGUUUGCUGAAUGCAGAGUACGAUUCGUUUAGGGCCAGCCAGCAAUCGGACGUGAACAGAUCUUUACAUGAGCUUUCGGUUCAAUCUUUGAAUGCCAGUUUGUCGGGAACUGAGAGUGAAACCAGCUCGAAAAGUGCGGGACAAAGGAUAAAAUUUUCUCGUCGGGCGAGAACGAAAAUGAAGCACAAGCUCAAAAUGCAGAAAGGACACAUUGAAAAGCACGAGAGCGAUGUAGAAGACAUGUUGAAAUGCCAUGGAAAUAAACAUCAGAGCAAAAUUGCCAGAAGGCAUAAAAUGGAACCGGAAUGUUUGACGAGAACAACGAUAGUUUCCCUUCUGGGGUUGGCUUUAAAUGUAAGCCAGAGCCAAGUUCAGUUGGCAGAUUUGAUGCGAUUCCAUAGAGAGGAACAUCUUUUAUCAACAAAUCUUAUGCAGUAUAUCCCGGAAGAAGUAGAAUCUAGCAGUUGCACAGAAACGUUGGCGCAACUCCAGAAAGGGCAAUCGUUUUCGCAUCACAAUCUAAACAUGGGCAUCGCACGAUUAGUCAAAUUUCUGAACGUCCAACCAGUUACUCCGGAUCUUAGUCAACUUUGUAAACGCUAUCUCGAGGAAUUGUGUCUUCCGACUGACUUGAUGAUAUACUUGGACAGACUGUUGGCUGUUUUUCCACCAAAAAUGAUGCACUAUAAUAACAAGUAUCUCCCAAACUACGAAGGCAGGGCAAUGGCAUUUAUUAUGUUCCUGCUCAAGUUACUUUUCGGAUGCAACGAUUUUACUGAAAUGAAAUUGUCCAAAUCUGCCGCGAAGUUCAACACCUUGCUUACCAAUCUCGGACCAUCAUAUCGACCGAUUUUUGUUUUUCGGGAAUGGAUCCGUUAUCUGGAAAUGAGAAAAGUCAUCCUGGCCCAAGUUCAUCAUCCUACGAAUCGAUUAUUGUCCAAAGAAGAGGGAGUUGAGCAAGACGUGGCACUAUUUAUCGACCACAACAUGCGCAAAAAGCAGGGUGGAGAUUUGUUUCGAGCGACAGCUAAGACAAUAAACCGCAAUUGGAUGUCCAAAUUGAAGGAUUUUGUCACAAACAUGGUUAACACUCACCAUCGUCUAAAUUCGGACCAACCCAGCCAAAAAAGUAUUGAAUUUGAACCCAGCCUUACUCCGAAUCGAUCAUACUUUGAAACAUUCAUCUUGUGUUACAAUGAUGAUGGCGAAAAAUACGUGCCGGAAUAUAUGAAUGAUAAUCAUUCCGAACGCACGGUUGCUCCACUUGUCAGCCCAUCCGAUCUUAAACAGCUUCUUCGCUUCAAUCAUCAAAUCUCGCUCAAAACGAAAAGCGUGUCAUCGGCUAUUUGUCAACUGGAAUUUAUAGACCAAACGAUCGCGAAUAAUGUUCUCCACGAGUUGCUGAGAAACGAGUCGCCCUUCCUACUCAUCGACGACUGCAAUGAAUCCACCUGGAUACCCCCGGCCAAACGAUCUUUUCAAGCCCCAUCUCACGAGAAAAUCCUUUCCAAGGUUUUGCUACGCAACGAAGAGCAACAUGAAAUAAGUCACAAUGUCAUCGAACAAAAACGAGAUUCCUCGAAAGACAACGAUCAAACAAUGACAGACUCCACAUUCAUGUCCAAUGCAUCGGUGGACCUAUCCGAGUUGCAAGACACCUGCUCUCAGGAUUCCUUCGUGCCACCGUACCAAAAUACAACGCACUCGCUUUUGACGCCGAACUACGACUAUUGGGUCCGAUUUUUCCCUACUUCCGUCUUCCUGACGAGGGAACAGUUUGACGAGGAAAUCGCAGCAACAUUGCCGGAUAACUUUCGCCUGGUGCUGGAGGAAUGUGCCCGAAUAGUCGAGAGCCAACCUUUGGACCUCUACAAAGAACUGAUGACGGUGGAGACAUACUUGUUCUACGCGGUGCAGCCGGUCGAGCGAUUUUUCGAUGGGACCGAUGGUUGUAAAGUUCAGUUUGAGACCCAAUUCGGUUCCAGGAUGGUCAUGAGGGUGCGCGAAGCGAUGGAAAGGUAUUGAGUUUAGGAUUUUUUUUCUGUAUUAUUCGGAAAGCAAAUACCUAAUUGUUAAUAAGUUGA